CCACCACCACCAUGGCUCAGUACAAGGGUGCCGCAAGCGAGGCAGGCCGCGCCAUGCACCUCCUGAAGAAGAGAGAGAAACAGCGCGAGCAAAUGGAGCAGAUGAAGCAGAGGAUUGCGGAGGAGAACGUAAUGAAAUCCAACAUUGACAAGAAGUUCUCUGCACACUACGAUGCGGUGGAAGCAGAGCUCAAGUCCAGUACGGUGGGUCUGGUGACCCUGAAUGACAUGAAGGCCAAGCAGGAAGCGCUGGUGAAGGAGCGAGAGAAGCAGCUGGCCAAAAGGGAGCAGUCAAAGGAGCUGCAGCAGAAACUAGAGAAGCUGCGAGAGAAGGCGCGCAAGAAGGAGGCCAAGCGGAAGAUCUCCAGCCUGUCCUUCACCUUGGAGGAAGAGGAGGAGGCGGGGGAAGAGGAGGAAGAGGUGGCCGUGUAUGAGGAGGAACUGGAGAGGGAAGAGAUCGCCACAAAGAAAAGGAAACUGGGGAAGAACCCUGAUGUGGACACAAGCUUCUUACCUGACCGGGACCGGGAGGAGGAGGAGAACCGGCUUCGGGAAGAACUGCGCCAGGAGUGGGAAGCCAAACAGGAGAAAAUCAAGGGUGAAGAGAUAGAAAUCACCUUCAGUUACUGGGACGGCUCUGGGCACCGGCGCACAGUGAGGAUGAAAAAGGGCAACACCGUGCAGCAGUUUCUGCAGAAAGCUCUUGAGAUCUUGCGCAAGGAUUUCAGUGAGCUCAGGUCAGCAGGGGUGGAGCAGCUCAUGUACAUCAAGGAGGAUUUAAUCAUCCCCCAUCAUCACAGCUUCUACGACUUCAUCGUCACCAAGGCACGGGGCAAAAGUGGGCCGCUCUUCAACUUCGAUGUCCAUGAUGAUGUGCGACUGCUCAGUGAUGCCACUGUGGAGAAGGAUGAGUCACACGCAGGCAAAGUGGUCCUGAGGAGCUGGUAUGAGAGGAACAAGCACAUCUUUCCUGCCAGUCGCUGGGAGCCCUAUGACCCAGAGAAGAAAUGGGACAAGUACACCAUCCGGUGAGCAUCCAGAAGUGGGCAUGACCUUGUCUCUCCCCGGAGUGCCCUCAGGGCUCCAGGGCUCCAGGUGCCUAGAUUCCCUGUUUUGUUUAACAAU